CAACAUACAGCAACAAGUCCCAUAAUGGGAGCGACCACGACGAUAACAAACACAGUAAGAUUUUCUGAUUCACUGAUCAGAUCUUUUACUGGUUAUUUCUGUUACAGGAUCGCUGAGGAAAACAGACAGACAGAAAAUGAAGCCGCUAUUAAAAUCCAAAGCUGGAUUCGGGGCUGCAGAGUGCGCGCAUACCUGCACUAUCUGCACCGGAACGCCACCGUGAUCCAGAAAACAUGGCGGGCUUUCAUGGCACGGCAGCACUUUAGGCAAAGGUUAAAGACGGCAUAUUUCCUCAUGAAGAAACAUUACUAUGAUGCGAUGGCUGUCAAGAUACAGAAGCGCUGGAGAGGCUAUUACGUAAGGAAGUAUGUUCAUAACUACUAUGCACGGAAAAAGUACUUGACAGCCCUGGCCAAGAAGAACGACCAAAUCAGGAGGGAGCUACGGGAAUUAGCAGAGCAUCAGAAAAAGGAGCGAGAGCGCAUCGCUAUUAAGAGAGAGGAGAAGGAGAAAUAUGUGCGAGCUCAACGACUUCACUUCCUCCUCAGCACUAAACAGUGUCCCGGUGUGUUCAACUCUCCUUUCCGACCCGAACCCGAUGAGAUGGAGCUGAGGCUGCGAGCGGUUAAGCCGUCGCGGACGAGAUCUGCACCGAAGGAAACGACGACCACGAAUCGACGACCUUCUGGCUUCUCAUCUAGCGCAGAGAGGCUACCGCCUAUACACAGAACACCACAGGGGCCCUUCAGGCCGGCUGCGGAGGUGCAAUGGCAGCGCUAUCGGCCCCUGGAGCCGACCCUACGUGUGAACACGUCCAUCACGGCUCUGGAGGAGGCCCGAGAGCAGUUGAGGAACCAGGAGUGGAGGAUUCGCCUCAUCGAUCAGCCAUUCCUUCCCUUUUCGAAUGCCAGCCGAGACAAAAAGUACGAAGGCCUGCUCCACAGCCGCUCCCCGUACGUCCACCCAGAGUACGGGACCAAGCACUUCCGAGAGGAGCACAAGGAUCAGCUCCAAGGGAGAAAGCCGUUCAAGAGGGUCUUCACAACCUGCCACUUGUUCGACAAGUUUGGACGACUGUAUUCCGAUGCCGGGAAAAUCGUCUAGAGAGGGAAAUAAACCUAAUAAAACAGGAAUCGUGUUUGUUCGUGUACGUCCGGGUCAGAGGAUUUCUGCCUGCAUGUACUUUACACACAUUUUACUGUAUUUAAUCUGCUGAAAAUAAAAAUAAAUUAGUUGUUAUGCUUGGUA